UAGACAAUCGGGUAAUCCACAAAAUUGCAAAUCAAAGAAAUCCAUCAGAGAUUACUCGAAGAGAAUUCUUUGUAUAACAUGAAGAAGAUGGGAGCUAACACCCUUGCAUACGUUGUACUCUUGGCUAUGGCAUUUUCUGUUGCCUCUGCCUCUGAUCCCAGUCCUCUUCAGGACUUCUGUGUAGCUGUUAAUGAUACAAACGACACUGUGUUUGUGAAUGGAAAAUUCUGCAGGGAUCCAAAGCUUGCAACGCCAAAUGAUUUCUUCUUUUCAGGGCUUCGUCUUCCAGGGAAUACAUCAAACAAACUUGGCUCGAUGGUCACACCAGCAAACGUGGCACAGAUACCUGGACUCAAUACCCUUGGCAUUUCCCUGGGUCGGGUUGACUAUGUGCCAUACGGCCUUAACCCUCCCCACAUCCACCCUCGAGCUACAGAGAUCCUCACUGUCUUGGAGGGGACACUUUAUGUGGGCUUUGUCACCUCUAAUCCUGACAACCGCCUCAUCUCCAAGGUCCUUUACAAAGGAGACGUUUUCGUCUUCCCACAAGGUCUCAUUCACUUCCAGCUAAAUGUGGGAACGACAAACGCAGUGGCCAUUGCUUCAUUGAGUAGCCAGAACCCAGGCGUGAUCACCAUUGCAAAGGCAGUGUUUGGAUCAAAGCCAGCAAUAUCAGCUGAUGUUCUCACAAAGGCCUUCCAAGUGGACAAGAAUGUGGUUGAGUAUCUUCAAUCUCAGUUCUAGACUGACAACCACAACUACUAGGAGGACGCACCAUGCGGAUCCAGCUACUCAUUAUAAUACCAUAAUAGAUUGUUUAAAUAUGCAACCAUCAAGUUUUGCAUAUCCCUUUGAAAUAAUUAUUUGUAAUUGUCAUCAUUCAUAUCCAAUAUUCAAGGUG